GUGUGCAGUAUGACAAGGGAAAAAAAGAUGGGCGGAUGAAACAAGAAAGGGGACGAGUGUGGGUGAAACUCCUUCCAUCACUACAUAUCUACAACACUCUUCUUCUCAUAUGCUCUCUGCAUCACCCCCAGCCACAGCCCAGUCGCAAAUUCCCUUAAUUCGACCUGACAACUUCAUGGUUUCAACUUAAAAGUCGAUUUUAAAAGUCAACGCAGAGAAUGAAUUUCAGGAACAUGGAUGAGUUCUGGCCGUUUUACAUGACCCAACACUCAAAAGCAGCAACAAGAAGAUGGCAUUUCGCAGGCACACUCGCGAGUCUUCUCUGUUUGAUAUAUUCUCUUGUGUUCAAUUGGUGGUUCUUGUUCUUGGCUCCUUUAUUGGGUUAUGGUAUGGCUUGGUACAGUCAUUUCUUUGUUGAAAGGAACGUUCCUGCUACUUUUGGUCAUCCCGUUUGGUCUUUUUUGUGCGAUUACAAGAUGUUUGGAUUGAUGCUUACUGGGCAGAUGGAUAGAGAAAUCAAAAGGCUUGGUAAGAGACCAGUCUUGCAAGCUUAUUGAUUUUUACAAUUGUUAAGUGCUUUUGUUUUCUCUUCAAUUUCUCCGUCGUGUAUAUAUGAUUGCGUUGAAUAAUGUUUGUGUACUAGUACUUGUAUGAUGCUGCUGCGUUAUAGGAGCAGGAUUCUCUGUUAUAUACCUUGUCACAAACUUAAAGUUUACUUCUUGUAUGAUUUUUAAUUUCGUCGACUUACAAAA